GAGGUACCUACGUAAUGCGCAAAGACGACGAAAAAAAAGAGAAACCCAGAAAUGAAUUGAAAGAUAACCUGGGAACAGAAAAUUACACGAUUGAGACGAUUGGGGAUUAGAUGUUCCGUCUCGGAAGAACCAUACUCCAAAACUACCUCGGUAGGUAACUAGCCGUACGGUUUCGAAUAUCGGAUCGUACCAUUUCGCUAAUGAUUUUUUUUGUUCGUUGCUUCAUUUCUUUUUCUUCAUCAUCCGUUUGUCAUUCUAUAAUCCGCUUUAUCGGAAUUGUCGAACUUGCCGACGGGAACUCGACAUACAAUCAAGAGAAAAUUUCGGCCCGGGCGAUGGCUCGAAUAUCGGAAAUGCCGAAAAAGAAAAAAAAGGGGAGGGGCCCGCCUGAAUGCGGCAACCGAUCAUACGACUCCCUCCACACACACACGUGCCACCAUCACUCGAUUAUCGACGCCAUCCCAUCGUUUCACCAUCUGUUGAUCUCCGUUCUCCGACGUCAACCCUACAGAGCCUCCCGGUUUCCACCGUCGAUUUCUUUUACUUCCUCGCUUUUCGUGCCGUGGAGCGGUCUUAGGCGAAUCCCGGCCCGCCGCUCUCCGAUCCCGUCUUUCUCCGUCCGGGUUUAGCCUUUCUCCGAUGAGGCUCAAUAUACUUCAUGUGUGUGUGCUUACACCUCGCGGCACGGCGCGAUGCCGUUAAUAUCCGAGUUUGACAUCGUUCGACUAGUUGUCAUGGGCAUCCUCAAAGACCCGAAU